AUGCUGGCAGUUUGCAGGAGCCACAGUUUCAAAAUAAACUGUGAUAUGGAGCAACGCCUAGUCCUCCUUGUGAUCUUCUUCAUUUCUAUUCUUUAUGUGCCAUCCUCAUGUGCAGGAAAGUCCCGCUAUGGGAUUAUUGGAGGUGAUGAGGCAGAACCACAUUCACGGCCUUACAUGGCAUAUUUAGACAUUGGUCAGUACUCUUGUGGAGGCUCGCUCAUUGCUCCAAAUUGGGUGUUGUCUGCAGCCCACUGUUUUGGGGAAAUCACAGUUAUCCUUGGAGCCCAUGAUGUAUCUGAACCCGAAAGUAGUCAACAGAUCUUGGGUGUGAAGAACUAUUACGUUCACCCAGCGUAUGAUCCAGAAAUUGUAAAUAACGAUAUCAUGUUGUUAAAGCUCAUAUCCCCAGCCGAGAUAAAUCGCUAUGUGCAGACAAUUGAACUUCCAGUCAGUAACAGAGACCUUCCAAAGGACAUUCCCUGCAGUGUUGCUGGGUGGGGACUGAUUGACAAGAUCCAUUCUACUGACAAAUUAUUUGAAACCAACGUCACUAUUGUAAGCCGAAGAACGUGCCACCGUUUUUAUCAUGAUUUGACUGAUGGGAUGAUCUGCGCAGGGAGCGAUACAAAAAUCACAGACUCUAGUCAGGGGGACUCCGGAGGGCCUCUGAUUUGUAAAAGGGUACAGGAAGGUAUAGUGUCAUUUGGUUAUGAUCACCCCCCUGGUGUCUAUACAAGAGUUGGCAAGUACUUGGAUUGGAUCAAACAGACCAUGUCACAAAAUGAUGACCAAAAACUCUAAACAAUGCUGUUGUUUUCGUUUAACAAACUUCUGAUUGUUAUAGUAAUUAAAUAUGUAUGUGAACACACUCAUAUGUUAGCAUUAGUACUGAAAUGUAACAGGAGUCAUGAUUAAUGUUUGAUCAGAUAAUCGCAGGCAUGAUUAAUAAAAAAUUUAAGCAGCAUCAUAUGUUUACAUUAUAUAGCAUCAUAUGUUUACAUUAUAUAGCAUCAUAUGUUUAGAACCAAGCUUACUUUAACGGUAGUUUCAUAGUUGGUACGAUUGAAUAAAGACACCAGUCCAUCUAGUUCAAACUGUG